UGGCAGUCAAGCGAGCAGGUGUGUCAACGACAACGCUUCAGAAACGUGCCUGACCUGGCAUCACUCCUCCUCACAACCACAAAUGUCCCUCAAGACCAGCAAAGAGUGGUCAGGCAUUUCAGGCAUUCUACAGAGAAAGACCCGACCGCUAAACUUCCUUUCACCUUAAAGGUCUGUGCUGAGGUGCUGACCAGCAGAAUGACGGGUGGUGGCCCUGUGGCCCUCUUCUCGGUAUGGGACUAUGUGGUGUUCAUUGGCAUUGUGUUGGCGGCCGCUGCCGUGGGCCUCUUCCAGGCCAUCCGCAGCCGCAAGAACACCAGCAGUGAGGAGUUCCUGCUGGGCGGCCGGCAGAUGACCGCCGUGCCCGUGGCCAUGUCGCUCACCGCCAGCUUCAUGUCGGGCAUCACCGUCAUUGGGACGCCGGCCGAGGCCUAUCGCUACGGCACGGCAUUCUGGCUGUUUGUCUUCUCCUACGCCAUUAUGUCCAUUUUCAGCGCAGAGGUGUUUGUCCCGCUGUUUUAUCGACUGGGCAUCACCAGCACCUAUGAGUAUCUCGAGAUGCGCUACAAUAAAGUGAUAAGAGUGAUUGGAACCUCCAUGUACAUCACUCAAACAGCUCUGUACACAGGCAUGGUGAUCUACGCUCCAGCGCUUGCCUUAAAUCAAAUCACAGGGCUGGAUCUAUGGGGUGUUCUGGUAGCAACUGGGGUGGUCUGCAUAAUCUACUGCACCUUGGGGGGUCUGAAGGCGGUGAUCUGGACGGACGUAUUCCAGAUGGUCAUCAUGCUGGUUGGGUUUGUGGCGGUGAUAGCAAGAGGAGCUGUGCUGCAGGGAGGCCUGGGGAACAUCUGGAAGGAUGCCGGGGACGGAGGACGACUUGAGACUUUUGACUUCAAUCCAGACCCUCUGCAGCGACACACCUUCUGGACCAUAGUGGUGGGCGGGAGUCUCAUGUGGACGUCCAUCUACUCCAUCAACCAAUCCCAAGUCCAGCGCUACAUCUCUUGUCGCACCAUGACACAAGCGAAAUUGUCUUUGUAUGUGAACAUGGUAGGACUCUGGGUGACCGUUUCCUUAGCUAUGUUGUCUGGUCUGACGAUGUACUCCAUUUACAAGGACUGCGACCCCCUGACCAGAGGUGAUGUGGGCAAUAUGGAUCAGCUUCUGCCGUACCUGGUAAUGGACAUAUUAGCAGAAUUCCCAGGAAUCCCUGGUUUGUUUGUGGCAGCAGCCUACAGUGGCACGUUGAGUACCGUGUCGUCCAGUAUCAAUGCCCUGGUGGCUGUGACCGUGGAGGACUUUGUGAAGCCCUUCCUGCCAAACAUGUCUGACAGACAUGCGUCCUGGAUGAACAUGGGGCUAAGUGUUUUUUUUGGUGGAGUAUGCAUUGGGAUGGCAGCAGUUGCUUCACUGAUGGGCAGUAUCUUGCAGGCUGCGUUGUCGAUAUUUGGAAUGAUAAGUGGACCACUGCUAGGACUAUAUCUUCUGGGCAUGUUCUUCCGUUGUGCCAAUUCAACGGGAGGACUAAGUGGGCUGAUAAGUGGCCUGGUCAUCACUCUCUGGGUAGGCAUUGGAGCUCAGAUCUACCCCCCUGGUCCAGAUAAGACAAACCCACUCCCUCUCACCACAGCUGGCUGCAUCGUGGACACAAACUUCACCACCAUGAGUCCAUGGACAACAACAAUGGAUCUCACUACCCCAGUGCCCAGGCCGCCCCUUGCAGACAGCUGGUACUCUCUAUCCUACCUGUACUUCUGCCCUCUAGGCACAAUCAUCACCAUCAUGGUUGGUCUAGUAGUCAGCCUUGCCACAGGUGGAUGCAAGAGAGAGAAGCUUCGUCCAGAGCUCUUCAUUGGCAAGAGGGACCUGAUCUGCUUUGGCUGUAACAGACACUCCACAGAGACUUCUGAACUCACAGAGAAGGUACAUCCUGAUGGCAAGCAGGGAAUUGACAACCCGGAGUUCAGCGACAUCGAACUGGAGAAAAAAGAAAAGGACAUGGACACGAUCACACGGUUCUGAAGGGCCAAGACCAGCCAAAGCCAUCUGGACAUCGACAAACGCCACCUAUCACCAUGGACUCCACCCUGUAUUGUUGAAGCAAUUUGACACUCUAUGCCUCUCUAAUGCCAGUUAAUCAUUACACAUGAUUCUUUCCUGUAAAUGAAACCUGAAUUGCACUGCACUUUGUGUUCCUGGGCAUACCGACUGCACUUUGACUCAUUGGGUGUUGUUUUUUUCUGCAAAGUAUUAAAUAUAGAAUUUAAAAAGUAAGGACAUUUAAAAAAUAUGGGGCAUAUUUUUAUGAUUUUAUUAUUUAAAUUAGCAUAUUUGGAAUGUCAGGGUGGUGCAAACAUUCAUAAAAUGUUUAUUUUGAAUUGAAGAGUGAAACGUUUGUAAAUCCCUCUCAAAUAUUGAUUAAAAACAGCUACUUUCUCUUCA